AUGAGCUUUAAAGUUGGUCAAAUGAAGCGAAUGGGACGUUGUGUGCAGAGCUGGUCAUCGAGUCGUGAAGAGGUCCGACUGCGUUUUCAAUGUACUGGAUGUGGCAAAUGCUGUACUGGUAAAGGUGGACGUGUACGUGUCAAUGAUCGGGAACUGCAGGAAUUGGCUACUGCCACAAACUUGUCCUUGAUGGACUUCAAGCAGAGUUACACCCAUACAGUCGUCGAAGUGGACGCUGGUGGACAGAAACAGGUUCAACACGCGUUGCAACAGACACGGGAUGACCGUCAGUGUAUAUUCUUACAAGGGUCUAAGUGUACCGUCUAUGCUGCACGACCGACCCAAUGUCGGACGUUUCCGUGGUGGCCGCAACACCUCGUGUCCGACUAUGACUGGCACCUGGCAGCGAAAGAAUGUGAAGGAAUUCGUAUGGAACAAGAAGGGGAUGGGCACGAGGACGUUUCCAGUGUUUCAUUUGAUGACGUGAUUCCCGACAUGGUAGUACACGAUAUUCAUCAGUCAGGCGAAAACUUUACGUACAACGAGUUGCAGCAAAUGUUGCAGGACUUGAAAGAAGUCGAGCCAGAGCUUCUGAUGCAGUACAAGACCGACUUCUUUCACAAGUUUUCAAGACGAAUUGUCUUUUAUGACGAUGAGGUCACUGUGUUAGACAAUUUGAUCAAUGGUGUUGCUACACGCAGUUUGGUGUUUACUGACCGGCUGCACUUGACUCAGAGUGAAGUGGUAAUGAAUCAAAUGCCGGACGCUGAUACGAACGUUGACCCAGAGUUUGAUCGGACGACGUUGGCUUUUGAUGUGCAUCGAGCACUGUGUAUGCCUUUUGCAUGGUUUCCUGAUUGUGAUGGAAAGUCACUGCCAUUGCACGUAUCGGUGCUGGGAGCAGGAGCUUGUACACUUCCGCUUUUCCUACUGGAGCAUUUGUCGCCCGAGGAACUUAAGCGACUUGAUGCUGUUGAGCCAAGCAGUCAGGUGAAUUCGAUUGCACAGCACUUUUUUGGGGUUAAAGCAGUCUUACAGCGGGACGAACGACUCGUGAUUCACGAAAAAAAGGGCGAAGAUUUUCUCAAGGAGCAAGAUGAGAAUGCUGCGUUUGAUUUGUUGGUGCUGGAUGUUGAGGCUGGCACUGAUUGUGCUGGUGUGCGUGCACCACCGCUCGCAAUGUUGGAACCAAAGUUUUUGUAUCAAACGAAGUGUGUACUUGCCCCUCAUGGCAUCCUAGCAAUUAACGUGAUCACCGAGUCAGAGGCAGCGCUGGAAAACGUAGAGACCAAGCUUGGACACGUGUUUACGCGUGGACUUCGCCUUUCACUGCCAGCUAACACGACUUUCUUCCUCUUUAACGACAAAUGCGACGACAAACCCCCCUUUGCCGCGGACGAGUUCAUUCGGCGGGUCCAAAACAAUUCGUUUCAGACGGAGCAUGCUAAGACGCCAGCGCUCCUAAACACAUACCAGUUGACUGCGUGGGUCUUGAACUCGUCAAAUGGCGGCUCGAAAAGUAAAUGA